UCAGGAUCAAGAGUAGCGCUGGUCCGUCCGUAAUCCGUCGUCUGCUCCUCCUCCAUUCUCCUCCCCUCCCCAGCUGCAGCCUCCACAACAAGCGGUGAUGGCGGCACGUGUGUUGAACCUCGCCUGCCUCUCCAGGGUCGGCCUCCGUAGCCAGCAUAUCAGGCUACCAAGGAGGACACUAGCAGCCCUUACCUUCACUCCUAAGACACUCCAGAAUGAGCGAGCUUUGGGUGUGAGUGGGCUGUACCGAGGCCUACACACCUCCCCUCGCUGGGCCCAGGAGGCAGCCAAGACCAGCGGAGACCCACAGAGUUAUGAGUUCCAGGCUGAGACUCGCAUGCUGCUGGACAUUGUAGCCAAGUCACUCUACUCAGAGAAGGAAGUUUUCAUCCGUGAGCUGAUCUCCAAUGCAUCAGAUGCGAUUGAGAAGGCCCGUUACUUGGCCUUACAAGGCACACAGAUGGAUUCCUCCGAGGCAGACAUGAAGAUCCACAUCACCACUGACAAGUAUGACAAGACAUUCACCAUCCAAGACUCGGGCCUAGGCAUGACAAAGGAGGAACUCAUUGAGAACCUUGGCACCAUUGCUCGCUCUGGCUCAAAGAUGUUCAUCAAGGAGCUGCAGGAGGCAGGAACCACAGAUCCACAGAGCAUCAUUGGCCAGUUUGGUGUGGGCUUCUACUCAGCCUUUAUGGUUGCAGAGAAGGUGGAGGUGUACUCUCGCUCCCGCCUCCCUAACAGUGUGGGCUUCUGCUGGGCCUCUGAUGGGUGUGGCAAAUACACCAUUGAAGAGUGCGAGGGAGUGGAGCCUGGGACCAAGAUUGUGUGCCAUCUCAAAAUUGCCGACAGGGAGUACGCCGAUGAACAGACAGUCAAAGAUGUGAUCAAGAAGUACAGCAGUUUCAUCAGUGCGCCCAUCGAGGUGAACGGAGAACAGGCCAAUAACAUCCAGCCGCUGUGGUUGAUGGACCCAAAGGAGGUGUCCCCAGAGCAGCACGAUGAGUUCUAUCGAUUUGUUGGCUCAGCGUAUGAUAAACCCCGCUUUGUACUCCACUACCGCACAGACGCCCCUAUUGAUCUCCGCUGUGUGCUCUACGUGCCUGAGGGAAAGCCAGGUCUAUUUGAUCUGAAUCGUGAGAAGGACAGCUCAGUCUCUCUCUACUGCCGCCGUGUUCUCAUCAUGAACAAGGCUGAGAACGUCCUCCCUAAGUGGCUCCGAUUCAUGAAAGGUGUUGUGGACAGUGAAGACAUUCCUCUCAACCUAAGCCGAGAGUUGCUGCAAGACUCAGCUCUCAUCCGCAAGCUUCGGACUGUCAUCCAGAACAGAGUCAUUCGGUUCCUCUUUGACAAGUCACGCAAGGACACUGAAAAUUACAACAAGUUCUUUACGGAUUAUGGAAUCUUCAUUAAGGAAGGUAUUCUGUCAGCACAGGAGCAGCUGGAGAAGGAGGAGAUGGCUAAGCUGCUGAUGUAUGACUCCUCUGCCAAGCCUGUUGGGGAGAAGGUUACCCUGCCUGAGUACAUUAGCCGCAUGCAGGAUGACCAGAAGGAUAUCUACUACCUGGCAACACCCUCCAGGGAGCUUGCAGAGUCAUCGCCGUACUUUGAAGCUCUCAAGAAAAAGAAUGUGGAGGUGCUGUUCUGCUAUGAGCCAUAUGAUGAGGUGGUGCUGAUGCAGCUCAGGGAGUUCACUGACAGAAAGAUCAUCUCUGUUGAGAAGCAGAUGCGCCAAAGCAAAGAAUCUGUGGACUUUGACACGAGUGAAGGCAGUCUGAGACGCUCUGAAGCCAAUGAGCUGAUGGACUGGCUGAAGACUGUGCUAGCGGGGCGGUGCUGGUCGGUGAAGGCCACCCCCAGUCUGGAGUCUCACCCAUGCGUGGUCACAGUGGAGGAGAUGGGAGCCGCACGGCACUUUGUACGCACCCAGUUCUCACAGAUCCCAGAGGAAAGCCGCUAUUCCCUCCUGCAGCCACAGCUGGAGAUCAAUCCAAGCCAUCCCAUCAUCACAAAGCUGAAUGAUCUGCGCACCAGCAACCCUCGGCUGGCUGAGCUCAUCGCUAAACAGCUUUUCAGCAAUGCCAUGGUGGUGGCUGGCCUGGUGGAGGAUCCGCGCACUGUGCUCACCACCAUGAAUGAGUUGCUGCAGCUGGCACUGGAGAAACACUGAGGUGUGACUGACCAGAGUUUGAGAUGACACUUGAAAAUAAGCUAACAUGAGUCACUGACUUCAAGGACCUACAGCUGGAUGUGUUGCCAUGCAGUUUAUUGCCAUAGUAGAAAUAGUAGAUUAGUGAACAGUGUCAUAGAGGAAGCAUAUGACCUUUUCAAGCAGAUUGAAGUGUGCACAUUCUUCCAUGGAGUGGAAAGGUUUUAAGUACUCCAUUGAUAAAUGAUGAUAGAAAAAUUUUGGGAGAAAGGUUACUAAGGAGAGCAAAAAUAUAUGGAAGACUGAAUACAAUUAGUCUGCCUGAAGGAAAAAAUGGAAAGAUGUAAGGAAAAGCAAAACAAAGACCAUGAGGUAUUGUUUUAGAAGUUCAUCAAGAAAUUAAACAAAUGGAGUGAAUGAAUAAUGUGAGUAUGAAGUGGG